AUGGGUGCGUUUUUGGGCCACCUCGUGCCCGGCCUCGCCUUCGUUCUCAUCGGCGCGUGGCACCUGUUCAACAUCCUGCGCACGUACGCGCGCUCCCCCCGCCACUUCCGUUCGCAGCCGUGGUGGCCCGCCGCGCGCGCCGGCCAGCGGCGCUACGCGGAGCUGUACGCCAUCAUCUUCGCGGCGCUGUUCGACAUCGCGGUGGAGCUCGUCGUCUCGCCGCACUUCAAGCCGCUCGCUGACGGCAAGAUCCCGGCGACCCACCUCAACAACUUCGAGCACGCGGCGAUGCUCUUCCUGUUCCUCAUCUACGGCCUCGUCGCGCUCGUUGCCGAGAGCACCGACGCGCUCCCGCUGCCGGACGGGUUUCUCCACGUCCUAGUUUCCAUCUGCUUCGCGCUCGAGUACCUGCUGUUCACGUUCCACUCGACGACCCACAUGGGGCUCGAGGGCCACUUCCACGCACUGCUCCUGCAAACAAUUGGCGGGGUGUGGUUCGUCCAAACCGGCGCGACGCUCUACCUCGCCCCGCUCAUCCCGUCCGGCUGCGUCGGGAUCCACGACGUUCCCCACGGGGGGGUGAAAUGCGACACCGAGGAGGCGCUGCACCGCGCGACCGGCAUCGCUAACCUGCAGUUUGCCUGGUGGUUAGCCGCCGUGGUUGUCCUAACCGUGGUCGCGUACGGGGCCGCAGUACACUUUUUCGGCCACGGGCGGGGGGGCGCUGGGUACGAGUUCGUCCAAAAGCGCCACGCCGGUUUUGCGGUGCUCGAUGACGUCAGCGGGGGGGACGCUGAGCUGGCGAACUUGUAUGGGGAGGAGCUCAGCCCGUCUCGGAAGCCGCCACAAGAAGGGGGUCCGGAGGUGGUCUGA